AUGGUAGAGACCAAGAUACAGCGGAAAAAUGUGUUCACACUUAUCGACCAGGACAGAGAUGGGUUCAUUGACAAAGAAGAUCUGAAGGAUACCUAUAAAUCUCUUGGUAAGCUGAAUGUGAAAAACUAUGAGCUAGAAGACAUGCUCAAAGAGGCUAGUAGUCCCAUCAACUUCACCAUGUUCCUCAACCUGUUUGGAGAGAAGCUGCAUGGAACAGAUCCAGACGACAUAAUUCUCAACACCUUCAGAAUGUUCGAUCCUGACGCUAAGGGUUAUGUUAAACAGAUGUUCCAAACGUCUACCUUCGACCCAGCAGGAAACCUGGACUACAAAUCCCUGUGUUACAUCAUCACACACGGAGAGGAACAGGAGGAGUAUAGGAUCUAUGUUAGUGCGGUCAACAUCAGACAGGUGCUGAUGGUGCGACUGGUUGACCUGUGUUUGAAAUGUGAAUAA